UAUGUCAUCCUUCCCUGGCAGAUUGAUGAUAAACAGGGAAGACAUUAAAGUCAAGAUACUCAAGAGCAGAGCUGCUAACAUGAAGAAAAAUUCAAGCAGGGCGGGUGUUUGGAAUGGCAGGAGUCGUGAUAUCCAGCCCUAUAGUAAAGCAGUCUUUUCAGCAAACUGUCAGACUGAGGAGGAGAUGGUAUGGUUACACCCAGCAAAGAGAACUCUGUGCACGCAUUGCUAAAGCCAGCUGCUGCUCAGAGCCCAUUGGGCAAAUGUUCAAAAUUCAGAGUUAACGCUGUAUCACCGCAGAGAGCAGCAAUGGGAGUAUGCAGUUUUCUAUUGAAAAGUUCUAUCAAGAGCUCAUGAUCUUUUUCCAUCUCUCCUCUUAACAUUUCUACUACUCCGCAGACAUGGCUCACCACGCGAGGCCUUCCAGAUUAGUCAAAAAGGAAGAGUUAGGCAAAAGGAAAACUAACCAGGGCAAAAAGAAAUCUAGCCAAGUGAGAAAGAAAACCACAAAGACUUCCACAAAAGCUAUUAGUUCUGGAAAAGGCAAAAAGCCAGCACAAGAAAAAGAUGUUAAGAAAAAACAGCAAGAAAAGAAACCAAUCAUGAGCUCUUCAGGUAGACUUCUCAGGAGCAGUGUAAGCAGAACCUUGUCUGGAGCAUCUUGGGUGAGUUUGGAGAAAGCUGACAAUAUUCUCUUUCAUAACCAGGAUUCUUUCAACAUCAAUGGCUUUACAAUGUCUCUCCGUAACCGAUCAUUCUCCCGUAGAUUGUCCCAAACUCCAACAAUUGCAAAGCCCAGGAAAGCUGCAGUACAAAAAAGACUAGAAACAAAGGAAAAACACGAACAAGAAGUCCUGGCAGUAGUAGAAAAAAACGUUGAAGCAGGCGAAAGAGUUUUGAAACAAGAUUUAGCACAAAAUGAGUUAGCUCCUCUGCCUGUUGAAGAUACUCCAUGUAGUGUAGGUGAAGAGCCUGCUACAUCUGCCAGUCAAGACAAAGAGGUAGAAAUGCCUGAAACAAAUGACUCCGUUCCAAGCCAUCAGGUAACUGAUGACGAUACAGAAGCAUCAGAGGUGAAAUAUAAGCAUGAAGACCUGCCCUGUGAGCAGACACCCAGCAAUCUCCAUACGGGUAGUUCGGCUGAAGCAUUUAUUGAAGAUGCUGCGCUUGUGCUUCCAUCUCCUCCUCCUCCUGACUCUGUAAUCACCUCUGAACCAAACUUGAAGGUGUGCGCAGAGACUCCCUUCAAUCUGGUGCCUAACAGUAAAGAACCUGACUCCAGUUCUGUUGAUACCUCAGACCUCAGCUCAGCAGUACUGUUGGAAGAGUCGGUCCCACUUGCCACAUCCCCCAUUGAAGCAGAGUCGGACCUGGUGCUACCUAGUGAAGAACAAGACUCGAAUUCUGCACCUAUAGUUACCUCUGAGUUCAACUCACAAGAACAUUUAUUUGAAGAUGCAAGCUCGCUUGCAGAGCCCUGCUUGAAGGCAGGCUGGGAUUUAGAGCCUGAGAAUAAAGACGUUGGUUCAAAUUCCAGCUCUGUAGCUGCCACUGAAUCAAAUUCACUUUUACGUUUUGAAGGUGCAAGCUCACUUGCAGAAUCCCACGUGAAACUGGUUGUGGAUUUUGUACCCAUUCACAAAGAACUUGACUCAAAUUUGGAUUUGAGCUGUACAAGAGAGAAUUCGGAAUCUGACUCAAAAAACAUUUUUACAGUAUGUGAACCAGUUUCCGAUACCUCUUUAAACAAUAUUGAAGUGGAGGACAUUGAACAGCUUGUUAAAUGUAUUGAUGCAGAGACAUUAAUUUUGAAUUCAGGUUAUGUCCCCACUUUAUCUCCAGAUUUAGAAAAAAGCACAGUCGAUGAAAUCUCUGGUGAAAGCUCUGGACGAUUCUCUGAAGGCUUUGUUUUGGAGUUGCCUUCAAGCACGGAAAUCUCUGCUCUUGCCUCAGAAAAAGCCAUAAAUGCAGAUUUGCCAGCUGACUCAAGACUGCAGCAUAAUGAUUAUUCAUCACAGCUGGGAAGAGUCGGAGUAAGCUUGAAUUCAGUUCAGGACAAAGUAAGCGACAGCACUGAAGCUGUUGAGGCCUCAGGGCCAUCCUCUCUUAAAAAUCCAGCUGGUGAUUACCCUGUUCCAUAUUCAUCUCUGCUCCCUAUGCUAGAGAAGAAGAAACGAAGGCGUUGUGGAGUCUGUGAGCCCUGUCUGCGGAAAACAAAUUGUGAAGAAUGCAGCUGUUGCAGGAAACGCAAAACUAGUCACCGGAUAUGUAAAAAGAGAAAAUGUGAAGAACUGAAAAAGCCACCACCGCCAAUCACACUACCUUUUGAGGUUCUAACUGAAAACAAAAGACCUCAGAGGAGGAAGCAAAGAGUUUUAAAGGCAAAUUUAGAAAACAAACCAGUAAAUGGCCGCAGACCAGAACUCAUGGAAUGCAGUAUAUGUGGUCAUGGUGAAAAAUACAGGGUGAAAACAAACCAAACAGUACCCAUUGAAAAUGUGCAGUCUAAGGAGAAAGAAAGAAUGACAGGCUUAGAAGCAGAGAAGUGGGCACAUAACGAGAAGCCAUCUUUUGGUGUCCAUGUCAACGGAGAUAUCCAUGGAACUGUGACAGGCAACGAACACUUGAAAAAUGCUGAAGACGGUGAAAGAGCGGUCUCUCCCAGUCAGUUAGCUGAGCCAAAAAAAUCAUUUGCACAGACCAUCAAAAAUGGCAUAAAAAGCCUACAUUAUUCACCACCGGAAGCAGUUGCUUCGCUGAAAAAAGCACCCGUAGAGGAACGGACACAUUUGACAAGCAACUCCCAUAUGCAAUGGAUGAAGGGUACCAAUCUGAAUAACAUAGUAAACACACUGACGACUGGCGUUGGCUGCGUUCACCCGGAAACACAAGGAAAUGUUUUAAUGAAAGAGGAAAACUGCACUUGCAGCAUCUUUGAGGAUUCUGAUAAGUCAGUUGUGCAGAGGGUUUCCAUUUCAGAUCUGCAAGAAAGUUUGUGUUGUCCUCCGCUACCUGAAGAGGAAGUGCAUAUAGGAAAGGAUGGCUUUAAAGUAUCUAACGCAGAGACACAGCAUGAGGAUUCUUUACUCCAGCCGACUUUCUUGUCCCUGAUUAAAAACAGAAAUUUAACUGUAGAGCAGGUUGUAGCUAUUGAAGCUUUAACACAGUUAUCCGAAGCCCCUUUAGAAACAGCUUCACCAGCUAAAACUGAAAGUACUGAACGUACAGAAGAAACAACUUCCAACUUGUUCGAUAGUUACAAAAGAGAUAUCUCAUCCUCCUUCACAUCUUCUGCAUUAAAAGAAAUCAAAGACACUCACUUACAGAAUGAGCAGCAGCUCUUGGCUCACUGCGCUCACUCACAGAAGCAGCUCCCUAAUAAGGCAGUGGUAUACAAUGGCCAAAGCUCAGUUUCUGAAUUGCGUGAUAAACCUACCAAUCUGGCUGGUGAGAUGUAUAAAUUACAGUUAUCCUCAAGAGAUACCAAAACUUUAUCUGACUUAACAUCUAAUGCAAAAUCAUUUUCAUGCUAUACUACGAAGAAAAAUUACCCCCAUGACCCAGUCACCCUUGCACGGUAUUGCAACGCUUCACGUAAUGUCCAGCAAGCAAGUAACAACUUGGAAACUCUUGGCCAGUUGGAGCAAAAGCCAGCCUGUAAUGAUUUGAACUUGGAAGCUACUUCUUUGAUUAAAGGAGGAGGAAUUCACAGCCAGGAUGAAGAGGAUGUUGCUACACAACUAACCCAACUUGCAGCACUAAUUGAAUCAAACCAGACCAAUCGAGGGAAGAAGAAUGACAUAAAGGCAUCACUGCUUAAUCUAAUAUCACACGAGAGACAGCCAAAGUAUAACCAAGAUGUGUUGCAGAAGAAAGAAUCUGUAUUUUUUAGGCAUAAUUAUAGUUCCUUACUGUUAAAGCAAAAACAACCAACAAAUAAAAAAGGAAAUGCUGUACCAUGGAAACCAAGACACAAAAAGAAGCCUCAAGAAGCACGCUAUCAACAAAAUAAUCAAAACCAGCUAGAGCUGUUGUCAUGCCAGCAUAGUGAGUUACAGGACAUUUGGAUAUCAUCAAAACUGCACAAGCUUGGGCAAGCCAUGCCACAGGACUCCAGAAUAGCUUCAUCUGAAAAAAAAUCUCCAAGAACCAAAGUACAGAGAGCGCUGAAUCAAAAUACUUCAGUGUCACAAGAAAAAACUAGAUUGUUUCUCCCGCAAACGCAGAUAAAAUUCCAUAGAUGUUUACCUGAGGUACCACAAGAGAAAAAAAAAGACAGGUUGUUUGGCUGUGAAGUGGUGAAUGAGCAAAUUAAAACCACAGGCUCCAGUGACCCACUAGGCAUUGAUCCACUGAAAAAUGAAGUUGUUGCACGUAACCAAUAUAGCGACCUGUCCUCCCGUAACCCUCCGGCUGUUUCACAGUUGAAAACAGCAUCCUUAUUGAACAGAACAAGUGAAAACCUACAGAUGUUUACAGAAAAAUGUAAUUCUCAGGUACAGCAAACAGCGAAUGUCAGUCAGACGCAUCCUUUGCCUCAAACUUUUAAUCAGCCUAACCUGAGAGCUAACGAAAUGCAUAGUGGAGACAAAACCUAUAUUCAGCAGGGUGCUGUCGAACAACAAGUAGAUCUGAAGUCACAGGUGCUGCCUGUUCCCUGCAGUGGGGCCCAGGUACCAGCUUCUGUUGAAGCUCUCAGGAAUAUGGAGUGUGCAGGUGAAGUGACCGUUCUGACAUCAACCAGUUUGGGUACUGACCACCCACAGAGCACAGGCGACUCAGGGUGUUCUCCAGCAAAAAACACACUCAGCAGUUUCCUUGAAUCACCUAUGAAGUUUCUUGAUACCCCUACAAAAAAUUUAAUAGAUACACCUACAAAAAAAGGACAAUCUGAACUGCCAACUUGUGACUGUGUUGAGCAAAUUAUAGAGAAGGAUGAAGGCCCAUAUUACACACACCUCGGGACAGGACCAAGUGUUGCUGCUGUGAGAGAAAUAAUGGAGAACAGGUAUGGAGCAAAAGGAAGCGCUGUAAGGAUAGAGGUAGUAGUUUAUACAGGAAAGGAAGGAAAAAGCUCUCAGGGGUGUCCAAUUGCCAAGUGGGUGAUACGAAGAAGUAGUGAUGAGGAAAAGUUGCUGUGCUUGGUACGUCAGCGUGCAGGACACCACUGUCAAACUGCCGUCAUCGUGAUUCUCAUCCUGGCCUGGGAAGGGAUCCCCCAUCUCCUGGCUGAUACGUUGUACAAAGAACUGACGCAGAGCCUCAGAAAAUAUGGCUGUCCCACCAGCCGUAGAUGUGCGUUAAAUGAAGAUCGUACCUGUGCAUGUCAAGGACUUGAUCCAGAAACUUGCGGAGCAUCGUUCUCAUUUGGCUGUUCAUGGAGUAUGUAUUUCAAUGGCUGUAAGUUUGCCAGAAGCAAAAACCCCAGGAAAUUCAGGCUUCUCACUGAUGACCCUAAACAAGAGGAACUUCUUGAAAAUAAUUUGCAAACUUUAGCUACUGAUGUGGCUCCAGUUUAUAAAAAGCUUGCUCCUGAAGCUUUCCAGAACCAGGUGGAAAAUGAACACAUGGGCCCAGACUGUCGGCUUGGCUCCAAGGACGGUAGGCCUUUCUCUGGUGUAACAGCUUGCAUAGAUUUCUGUGCCCAUGCCCAUAAGGACACACAUAACAUGCACAAUGGAAGCACCGUGGUCUGUACACUAACGAAGGAAGAUAACCGGAGAGUGGGGGUCAUUCCCAGUGAUGAACAGCUCCAUGUGUUACCUCUUUACAAAAUUUCACAAACAGAUGAAUUUGGCACUGAAGAAGGACUGGAAGCGAAGAUAAAAGCCGGAGCCAUACAGGUGCUCACAGCGUUUCCCAGAGAAGUACGAAUGUUAGCGGAGCCUCUGAGAGCUACAAAGAAAAAGAAACCAGACACAAGGAGGACCCUGACUGAAAAGCAGCCAAUAACAGAUAAAAAAUAUGCAACCCCAGUAAAGCUGAAAACUGAAGCCCCAGAAAAUCUCGGCAACACUUUCCAUUGUUUAGGGAACAAAACAGAUGCUUUAAAACCUGGAAUAAAAACGGAGACUUCUGAUCACCUCUAUGCCAUGAAACAUACUUCAAACACUACUAAAAAUUGCUCCUUAUUGAAGCCGUAUACAGCUUCCUCCCCUUUUAAGGUGGAUAGUUUACAUCCUUAUUCAUCGUUAGCACAUAAGCCUGGCAUAACAGCAGUGACUAAUAUUCAACAAGAUUUUUCAGUUCCCUACGGGUAUUUUGAAUGCAGUAGUAAGCAACCUCACGUGACACCUUAUGUUAACUGUAAGAACUUUGAUGUGUCGGUCAAAGAUUAUACUGGAAUUUUGCUGAAUGAGAAGAUGAAUGGUGUGCCACCGAUUCUUCCAGAGGUCACUGCUCCAGGCCCCCCAGCCCACAAAGACCCCCUGCCCACUAUACUUGAACAUCAGCCAGACAAACAGAAUUGUCAGCUUCAGUUAGACAAUUCUCCUUCUUCACAGAUGAUCAGCUCUUGUGAUUUGUCAGUACCGCAAAGCUCUCCAGCAAAGGAUGCAGUGGGAAACGAGGCUGACUGUUCCCAUGGAUGCCCAAUGGAAAAGGGCAGCUCCCAUCGAGAACAGAUGUGUGGUUUUGACUGUGUUGAUGGAAAGCAAAACAGUGCACUGGGACAACCGACUGAUGCUGAAGAAAAGGCUGAGGAACUGUGGUCAGACAGCGAACACAAUUUUUUGGAUGAUGACAUCGGUGGGGUUGCUGUGGCACCUUCUCACGGUUCUAUCUUAAUUGAAUGUGCAAGACGUGAACUCCAUGCUACCACACCUAUUAAAAAACCCAACCGCAAUCAUCCCACGAGAAUUUCUUUAGUUUUCUACCAACACAAAAAUUUAAAUGAGCCAAAACAUGGUUUAGCCAUGUGGGAAGCGAAGAUGGCUGAGAGAGCAAAAGAAAAAGAAAAAGAAGCGGAAAGAUUAGGAACGGAGAAUACUGAACUAAACUCCAGCAGCAGGAAAACAAAGCAAACAAGUGAAAACAGAGAUAUUUUUUACGAAGACAAUGAGUUCAACCAAAUCCCAUCACGCAGAGCAUUAACAGUAACUAAGGAUAACGUAAUAACAGUAUCUUCUUAUGCCCUUACACGAGUUGCAGGGCCUUACAACCAUUGGGCAUAGGUUUUAGUAUCAAAUGCCUCCUCUUGGUGCAGUGUUACACAGUGUUUCUUUAAGGUGCUGUUAAAGAACAAGUCUCGUGUCGUUUACUAUUUGCUCAUCUCAACCAUUUUAAGGCUGAGGUAAAAAAAAGGGGGGGAUUUCUUCUUAAACUGUGACUUUAACAUUUGGUGGUGCUCAAGCACAUUUUAAGCAAAAAAAAAAAAAGAAGUUGUAUAGUUUUAAUACAUUCUAAAAAAGAUUUUGUUUAGGUUAUUAACCUUGAUUGAAUCAUUCAGUUUAUUACCUUUAGGAAUUUAUAUUUUGGUGCUUAAAUCAAGUCUGUUUACUACAAAAAUCAUUUAUAGGGAUUUUAACAGGAUCACAUUUUAUGGUGUUAAAUCAAGUUAUACAGUAAUAGCUCUACACAGCUCUUGGUGCUUAACCACAUCAAACAGUUAAAAAUAAAUAAGCUGAAUUAUUACUUCAUGGUGCCAUUGCUUUAACAACUUCCAACCAUUGCUAUAUAGUCCAAAUUACAGAUUAAAUCUUUUAGGAAGCCAAUGAAUUUUUUUCUCUAGAUUUGUCAUUAUGUAUUAAAUGAAGUUAUUGGUAAUGAUGGCUGGAAGUUGUUUGUAAGCUGUAAAUAUAUAUUUUAAAAGCACUUUCUAUUUUUAAAAUUAACUUGAAAUAGUAUAGUAUAAGGAUCAUAUUGUCUAAGGUUUGUGCAUACUCUACAGAAGAAAUCAUUUUAUUCUUGCUGUGUAGAGUUCCAUAUUGUUACAGCUGCAGUAUGUAUGCUUAAUAGCAUAUGUGAUUGUUUUUAGACUUGCCCUUUUUCAUUGAAGAUUUUAUGUUGCAUAUAAACAGUUAUAAAAGAAACAUUUUAUUAUUUUUAAAGAGAGUGUACAAACAUGAAAUUAGGAGAUGUCUUGUCAAUAUGUGUGUUGCUAUUGGGAGUUCUGAAUAUUUGGGUUUUUUAAAGGCAGCAUUUGUUGUUAUUUCUUUGAGCAAUAAGUGCAUAGGUCUCAUCUGUUUGGAGCAUUUUAAGUUAACAUUACAACCAAAUGUUCCUAAUGCCUCAGGGGUAGGAUUGUUUUGGGAAAAAAAAAUACCCCCUAGAGUUGCCUUACUCUAUUCUGGGAAAAAAAAAUUUGGGGAAAAUACAAAGGAAGCGUUGGAAAAGUAUGAAAUUUCUAAUAUUUAACAGCAAAUUUUUCAUUAAGAAUAACUUACCUGUAAUAUUCACCAGCUUUCUAAGUUCUUUCUUUUUACAAAAACAUUUUGUAAUUUUUUAAAGUGAUUUCUACAUUUCAUGUAGAGAAAGGGUUGUAUUGUUCCUUCCAAACACAUGAAAUUUCAUGUUCUCCGUUUUUGUUGAAAAAGUGACAUAUCAUGAAAUGAUGAGUAUUUGCUAAACCGGAGGAAAACAGACACUCCGCUGCUUUUAAAUACUGUAGCAUCCCACUCUUCUUUCUGAUUCUCCUCUCCUAUGUAUUUCUUUUUAAAACUUAUUUAUUUAAACAAAUUACCAAAUGACAAUGUUAGCUAAGGACCAACCUCAUCCUGCAACUUCUUCCAUGAGAACAGCUCUGCGUAGCCAUACCUGCCCGGUCAGAGCCAGGAGGACCGCUCAAGCCAGGACUCCUCUCGUGACUGAGAGCUGCAGGAUCAGGCCCCAGAGAUGAAGCUGUACCUUAAUUCUGCCUCGGAGUCCUCCCCGGCUGGGUAACCUGUAGGUAUAACGAGGUCAGAGUUUUCCAGUGCGAAAAUAUACUAAUAAUAUACUUGAUAAUAUUAUAACGUAGUGGUGCUGUAACAGAGGAAUACGGACUAUCUAGAUCUGCUUUAUUUAAAACCUAGACAAGGUGCUUUUUCUUUGAAAAGUUGAACUGUAAGCGCUAUAUUUACAGUUUUGGUACGAAAAGUACAUAAAUUGUAUUUUUAACACAUAGUGCCAGUUAGGACCUUGGUGCUACAAAUAACUUAAAGGCGGCUGUAGAUCGAUGAGACUACUCUCCUGUAUAAAUGCAUACACGUGUAGUGUUUGCAGGAGCAAGGUCUGAAGUAGCAAUCACUAUGUAAUGACCUUGGGUUCAAUUCUACAGAUGCCUGUCGAAAUUAACAAAAACAUUGAUGGCUGAGGGUGGCCGAAUUGAACCCAUUCUUUGUAUCUUACCUAUUUUAAGUAAAAUCUGUAAAAACCGGGUAUGCUGCAAAUUUUAGUUCAAAGCUUAAUAUUAGUUCAAAUAGAGGAUAUGAAGGGAUUGUAAAUAAUACUAAAAACAAUAUUAUGCCAUCAUUUUGUACCAGCAGUUUUAUGCUUCUUGACUAUGUAAUAUACAGUACACAUCAAAUCAUUAUGGUAUUUUGUGUGCCUUAGAUUUCCAUUUUAAAACUUGUAUAUUUUUGGUGAGCCGAAGAUUAGUAAGGAUUCCAGCUGUCCAUACAGUAAGUAGUACUGUACGUUCUCGAGCUGUUCCAUUCAUGUAUUUGCUAUCUGAAAACCCUUGUCCGACACAACGAUCAAUCAUUUACAGAAAAGAUUAGUUUGUUGGUUUCACUGAUAGUGCUGAUAACUUUAGUUUCUGCAAUGCAAAUUGAAAAAAAUCAUUUAUCGUUCAGCGCUCCCAUGUGAAUAGCAAUUUUUCUACACAAAAUUAGUAAGUUACAGAGCCAUCUCUUUACCUUUUAAAAUGCUGGGCUCAUUAGAGUGGAUGACUUUUACUUGAAUCUUCCCCUGUAAAUGCCCAUGUUUAACUUAGGUAUGAUUGGAAACUUCAAGGUAAAAAUGUUCCAUUGAAAAACCAGCAGCUUCCCUCAAAGAAGUGAGAACCUGAAAGGUGGAUCUAAAAGGGUACCUGCAGAUAUGGCCCUUGGCAAGUCACCGCUCAAGUGGCUGCACCAAGAGACCUUUGGCGAGUCCAGUUCUACCUUUUUUGAAAUGGCAAUUCUAACAGAGAAAAGUAUAUCUUAAUGUAAUAGUUAAUGCUAUUAACAGAUAGGUGCUAAAACUCACAGUUACUACUUUAUUAAGAUCACUUACCUGAGAAAAAUCUCUCAUCUAUACAAUAAAAUAUCAUUCGCGGUGCUCUUUCCUUAACUCUCUAUCACAUAACUACUUUCUCAGCAUGUACCUAACAGGCGGGUUAGCGGGCCACUUUUUUUUCCUGCUGUGGCACGCAGCAGGCCGUGAUUUGAGAAGCUAGUAUUUUCUAUGGCUGUACUGCGGUAUAGAGAAUGCAACUAUUUGCUGUUUUUACAACUGUGUGUUAUUUAUUGUAACAUUUCAGAAUAUUUAUCAGUCUUGUACGCAAAUCAUGUUUGGAGUAAGGUUAUCAUUUUUUAACAGUAUUUGUCUCUUAAAAUUUGCAGAUCUAUGGAUCUGUUGCUUUCCUUUGCAGCCCCCACAACCAAUUGUAAUUUGCUCUUACCCCUUAAAAAAGUCCUCCCAGGAUGGCCAGAUCAGGAGCUGGAUCUAAAAUUAAGGUAGCUGGCUAGGUCAGGCCUGUGUUUUACUUGGUGUCUGACAGCUGGCACUAUUCUUUGGGUGACAAACCAGAAGAUGGAUUCAGGUGUAGGCCGGUGGUGGGGUGUGGUUGUCUUUUGAUCCUUUUUCACGGUACAGUAGCAAAAACUGUCAUGAUCCAACAUGGGACACCUCUGACUUCCCAGAAGAAAUACCUCUCCUUCCUUUCUCCGCUGGGCCCAGUACCACCACUCCACCUUCGCUCUGGAGGGAAGGAGUAGCAGUUUCUGCAGGAGCCGGCUCUGUUUGACUCACUGAGUCCCUGGUGGUGUUACUGCAGUCAUGCCCAAUUAACUAGUGAAUUUUAAUCCUGCAGUUUCUCUGCGCUUACUGGUUUGUAACAUGCUGUUGUAUGGCAGAAAAUAGGAAAAAAAAACUAAUUCUAUAUUUUAGUCACAAGAUCCAAAAAGCUUUUUAAGAACUUAAAAAUACUUGUGACUUUCUAGCUGUAACCGUUGUAGUCAGGCUUUUAAGGGCUUCUAAGCUAACUUUUACUUAGGAAAGUAAAAGUUAAAGUUAAAAGUACUUUACGUUUAACUGCUGUUAAAAGUCCUUAUCGUACCUAUGACAGUGCUUCUGCUUAGAACAGGAAAUAACUGUAGUAUCUUAAGCAACAUUUUGUUAAGGAUGGGUAAAUGACAACUUCUGUAGUACUUAUUUGUAAUGUACAACUGUUAGGGUUUUUUUUUAAAGACCUUUUUAAUAUCAUUGCAGUAUUAUGCUAAAUUGGGUGGGUUAAAUUUGGGUCCUGUUUACAUUGCUGCAGCCCCAUUGACUGCAACAUGCUUAUUCGUCAAGCUUUCGUGCAAUUUUCACACUUAACUGGAUGGAUACGGAUACAGUUGACCAAAGUCUGUGCCGACUCAGGCCCUUGCAACCCUACCACAGUUAAUAGGUUUUGCAAGGAGAGAUGGAGAGAUGUUUGGAGUAAGUGGUAUACUUCGUGUUAAACACACAGGUUGUAUUAUUUCUGUCAUGAGAAGUGAUUUGGGGUCUGUAGAGAGACAUAAUACCUUCACCUCAAGUUUCAGGCAUGCAGGCAGACCUGUUUCAGACCACCUUCAGGCUUAUGCUCUUGACAGCUUUUUUGAUUUUUUUAUCUGAUAGGUUGUUCAAUGAGAGAUGUUCUAGAAGCAUGCUAACAAAAGUGCAUCCUCAUGGUUUUAUAUUUAAAAUGUAAGGUCAAUCUUGCCCUUUCACUUCCCAUGAAAUUUCUCUCAUGUUGAAAUUAGCUCCUUUUAUCAAGUAAUCAUCAGCUUUGUAAUCCAUUUUUAUAUAUAUAUGAUUUUUCUCUCUUUUUCCACAGAAAUCCUGUAAUUUCUAGAUUAACAGGAGGACAUAACUGUGCCGUCAGAUACAUGAAAAACUAAAUUGCGUGUCCAUUUCCACGCUUUUUAUCCAUAACAGCAGCUACAUUCAGCCAGUGUUGAACUAACUUUCUUUCAGGUCUGUUGUGGUUGCUGAAAUUCAGACUAGGGUCUUUGACACAUUUUCCAUAAAAUUGUGUUUCAUUUCUUAUGUAGAAGGUGUCUGUCCAGCUGUGACCCGUGAUGCUGUCUAUGAUCUGGUCUAAAAUAACACAAUUAGAGAUGAGGAACAGUCCCAAUCAUAUUUGGAAAUUCUGGCUUUCUUCUUAAUCUUCAUAGGUGUUGAUCUGACUUUCAGGAGGAAGUGUAGAGGGAAUAUAUUCCCGUAAAAUGAGGCUGUAGAGAAAGUUGCCAUUGAUCAUUGUGACACUGUGGUAGUGCACUGCAAUGUCUGUGUUACAGCAUGGUUUCUAACGAGAGAGGACGUGCUGUCGUGUCACACAGCUAUGGGUAUGUGUACAAACUCAUCUCUUGCCACAGUUCCUCUGGAGACAGUAAUCUCUCUUUUGUUCUCUGCCUGAAUAUACUGGUUUAAGGAAAAAAAACAAGAGGGAGAGAGCUGGUCACCCUUUCUUUAAUCUACGUAGACGAACAAGUUAGCAAGCAAUGCUGUCACCACCAGCCUGCUGCUCCUUCCCACGAUCAAGUUAGAGAACGUGGAAAGCUGCUGGGGUGCUCAGCAUGAAGAAGUCGCAGGCAGAGAUGUGAAGGUACCAGUUGCCAGGGUACUUCCUUAAAUUGACGCUUUUUUUGGUACAUCUAACUUCACGUUCCUAAGCUUUUUUUAUUCAGUCUGUGACACAUUUAUGUUCUCCUUGAAUCUGAAACAGAGUGGCCAGUGUCAAAAGUCCUGAGGACAUGGCUACUUGGUGGAACAGUACAGAAACUGGCGGCGUUGUCUUCUGGAAUUACCUGAUGUUUAGUUAGGCAGUUCUCACAAGUUAUGUAUGUGCUGCUUCAGUAUGUUGCUGCAAUAUUAUAAUUACAUAAAGGAAAGAGUUUUAUACUUGAGGUUUUCUCAAAGACCAAGGAUUUCUAAUAGUAGUAUCUAAUCAGGCACCAAUACACAUAUGGGUCACUUCUUCUAAAGAGUGAUUGAAAACCUAUUUUAUAUUUAUUACCUCCCUAUUAAAACAUUUUUGGUUAUUUCAGAGGAGUGAGCAAAACUUUUUGUUUAAUACUGUCAUUUGCAUACUUGACUAAAUUAUGAAGACUUGAUUUUAAAUAGUGCUGUGAUGUCUCCCUGAAGAACACAAUUGGACUGGUGUUGAUUAGUACAUACUGCUUUCUACUCUGUACAGAUGAGAUCCAAUACCACAGCCACCUUUCUCACGCGACAGUCUCUGUCUGCUGUGGUUAGCUGCUUUCACAGUCAGUGCUAGAUCACAUUGUACCCUGCUGUGGAAUGCUUGAAAUGCUUGUAACUGUUCCAGAAGUUCUUCCUAUCUCUGCAGAUCUGCUUCAGUACUCAGCAUCAGCAGUGUAGUUGUCAGCCUGUACCUGAACUCCACACACGCACUGUCGCUGCUUUGUAUGUAGAUCACCCAAUCUUCAUCUCAGGAAUAGCGUAACAAUGUAUUCUCCUUACGACUCUUCCAAAAUCUAUUUCUUUUGGUCAUCUUUUAUUCUAUAUAUGACAGUUCUAGGGCUUUUUUAACUUCACAUUUCUCAUAGAAAGCCUAGAAUAUUGCAGUUGGAUAUUUGUUUCAUUCCAAGAAAGAAGGACAAUUCACUAUCUGUCACAAUCAGUGUUUUCUUUUUAAAUCAAAUAAUCAAUUUUCCAGUUAAUUUUCAGAUUUCUUGAUGUAAUUGUUUCACUCUGUCGUUAAAUCUGCAAGCAGCCAAACAAAAGAGACUUUGCAGGAGUAGAAAACUGCUCACCCCUGAGAAGGGAAAGCAUCCCUUCUCAAAGUACAAGAUUUUUGCUUCUGUUGCUAGCAUCUCUUGUGGAAUGCCCUCUUUUCUUCAGUUACUCUACCAGCUCUGCUUAAAUCUUGAUCUAAGACAUGCUGCAGAUCCUACACAACUACAAGAGCAGGAGUGUCUCUUUACAUCUUCUGGUUAGAUCCCUGUGCAGAGAUCAGUCAUAGACCUUGUGAGAAACCGAAGUAUUGCGUAAUUUACAUGCCUUAACUAACAUAGGACUGCUUGGGAAAAGGAGCAGAACAAUGGAUUUAUUUGGUUGGUUGGUUGGGGUUUUUUUGUUCUUCUGUAGCAGUAAGUGGAAUUGAUUGAGCUUGAACAGAAAAUUAAGUAGUUACUGCCUUUAAUAAAAGGGUAUAGGGGUGUCAGCAUUGUUGUUUUCCUCUUUCCAAGACGAAAGACUUCAGGAUCCUUUUUUCAGUCCAGUUCCUCAGUUCUUCAUCCCAGCAGUGUUUGCAGUGUUUAACCACAUACUCAUAACUUCAGUUUUAAAAGGUAUGAGAUGCUUCUCGAUAUUGUAUCCUCAAUUCUUCCCACAACAGUAUCUUCUUCUCUUUCCUUAUACCAGACCAUUAUGCAUGUAAUUCUUCCACACAUACGUGUAUUAAAAUGCUAGAAUCUUCCAACAGCGUACUUGCAGCGAAUGCAAGACUGGGGUGCUAAAUAAUGUGAAGGUGUGAUGUGCUCUGUUUGGUGUGACUGAUUAACAAUGCUGUUUUCAACACUUUACACACCUUACCAGCUUUCCUGAUAGAGAAUGCAGGUGUAGACCGCAAAAAAAAACCCUACAUACUUAAGGCGGAGGACAGAUUUGGCAGUUCAUCUCCAGAGAGUUACUAGUUACAGCAGAUGAGCUGUAUUCCAAAGACAUGGCGUUGCAAUGGAGCGAGGGAAGUGCUAGUUUGAUGUUCAGUAUUGCAGUUGUUGCCACAUAACAUUUUAAUACUGUUGUGGAAAGUUUUGUGACCUGAACAAUAUUUUACAUGUAUAUCUGUGUUUUUAUUAUAAUGGAAAAGGGUCUAGGGUUUGACAGUCAUCUUAAAAUAAGAAUGAAGGCCACCCAUACUGCUGUCCUUUGCGUCACAUUAAAAGGACAAAAGGGCCUUAAAUGCAUGUCGAUUUAGCUUACAUCCUUCAGAGUAUCCCUUUACACUGAUAAUGGUACGAAAGGUCAGUAGUAUAAAUCAAAACCGUUGCCAAAUGGCUGAUUUCUACAGUCAUCUAAAAUCAAUUUCAUGAUAUCCCUGUUGUGCAUACUGGCCCAUAACAUCCGGAUUGUUUGUAGUUUAUAAAUUGAAAAGAAACUGGCUUGGUUUUUAUCAGGCUUGAAGUAUUCACUUAUAUUGGCUGUCCUUUUCCCAACAUUGUCUACAAAGGGAAUGUGGUAAAAGAUUUGUACCUCUAGGUGUAACGGCCCAGCCAGAAAUCUCACAGAAUUGUCAGUAAUACUACUACUAAGCUUUGGUAGUUUCUCUUAAAAUACUUGCUUUUCUUUAUCAUAAUUUGAUUUAUGUCCUUUUACUUGAUUAUAUAAAAUGGGGUUGUGACAAUCUACUGAACUCCGUUCUUUUCUGACUUAAGACCCAACAGAGUGUGCAGUAUUGUGUGGUGUUGGCACACUGGGGUGAGUUUUGAGACACAAAGCUAAAAGCCAACAUUUUCUGAUGGCCAUAACUGGUGGUACUUGACCCAACAGAGCGUGCAGUAUUGCGUGGCGUUGUCACACUGGGGUGAGUUUUGAGACACAAAGCUAAAAGCCAACAUUUUCUGACGGCCGUAACUGGUGGUACUUGACCCAACAGAGCGUGCAGUAUUGCGUGGCGUUGUCACACUGGGGUGAGUUUUGAGACACAAAGCUAAAAGCCAACAUUUUCUGACGGCCGUAACUGGUGGUACUUGACCCAACAGAGCGUGCAGUAUUGCGUGGCGUUGUCACACUGGGGUGAGUUUUGAGACACAAAGCUAAAAGCCAACAUUUUCUGACUGUCAUAACUGGUGGUACUUGACGGUGAAACUGUUGGCACCACCCUGCAUGCUUGAGUCACACAGAGCUUUCCUUGCUGCCAAUGGAAGCUUUAUGUCAGUAAGCAUCAUGCCCCACUAUGCUGCAGUUAUGAGAUGCAAUGCAAACUUCUCACUCAAAAAAAGUUUGAGGAAAAGGAAGUAUAUUUUCGUUCUUAAAUUUCUAAACUGGAGUGAUGCUGGAGAGCCUAAUAUUGUGGAUGCCAGUCAAAUCCACGCAACUCAAAAGGCAGCAUCUGAAUUUUGUGAAUCUCUUGUCCUCAAAAUGAAGAAAUAACUGUAGGCAAGAAAAAAAAAUGUGGUAUCCCAAUACUACUAAAACAAAGCCAGUUCUAACCCAAUACAAACAUUCAGACGUUUCAGUUUUUAACAAUUAAUUAUUCAAUGAUUAUUUGUUCAGUUCAGAAGAGACAGCUCUUAAUAAUGUGACAAUAUCAUACCAGGUCAUAAAUACUGCUCAGAGUUUGCUGUCGUAAGAAAGAACAUUAAUAUGUAAGGACACACUGUACUGAAAUGCUAAUGAAUUCUCUCCUGCUUUGCAAAAUUAAAAGAGUAACAGUAUGCCAAAGCAAAAAAAAAAAAAAAAAGAAAGCAUUUUCUUUCUUUCCUUCUCUCUUUCUUCUGUUCUCUCUUUCUUCUUCUUUCUUUGGGAUGCAUUUGAUAUUUAUUUUUCAACUCUGAAUUUGGGAGUUUGGAUUAUUUCCAGUUACCAACCUACUGUAUUUAGAUCUGGAACAUAAAAAUUAACUUUUGUAACCAAAAGAUGAUGUACAGGGAGAAAAAAAUCAGAAAGAAAAAGCACUUCAUUAUGUCACAGUAUUUACAGGAGAAAGUAUAAAAAUUACUUCUUUUCUCAAAAAACACGUGGGGCCUGAUUCUUUCCUAGUAUAACUGAGCACAGCUUCAUGAGGCUGGUGGAGCUGUGAAGAGUUACGCUAGCUGAGAAACUGAACCUUAAAAUCUUCUUUGCAGACAAGGGAACCCUUACCAGCAGUACUUGAAGACUUGUGAGUUGUGACUGCAUGUUACUUGAAAGAUCUAAUUAAGCUAUGUUUUUUGGUGCAAGCAGUUGUUGUACAUGAUUUCAUGUUUAUGUAGCAAGAUGCAUUGAAAUGUUGAUACUAGUAUUGAAACAUACAUGUAAAAAUUGUUGUUGUGGAAAUUGUCUGUUCUGUUCUAUUUUUCUUGUGUGUCUCAUCUGUUUAGAACGUAAACUUUCUUUUUUUUAUUGUCCUAACUGAAUAAGGCUAAAUGAAUACUGUAAUUGAAAAUAUAUUUUAAAUCUUGUCAUGAGUUUUUAAAAAGACUAUUACAAAUUGUAUCAUUCCUGAUUACACAGAACUUUGUGGGUGGUUUUAAAUAAAUUUUAUACUUCUAUUUUGCA